GGUUUUUUUGCCGGGGGCGGCUCCCGUUGCGGUGGCAGCUGCCGGUUUUUGCCGCCUUCCCCGGCGGCAGCGCCGCGGCGUGGGGUGGGGCGGGCGGCGGUGCUGCCACCCUGUGGGCAGAGCGCGGUAGUGCAGGCGAGCGGCGCUCGGCGGCCGAGCGGCGCUCGGCGGGCACGCCUGUGUGCGGCGGCGGGCGGCAGGGCGGGCGCGGCGUGUCGCGGACGGGCUUGACCUUCUGAAGAUGGCGGCAGAAAGGGCGGGACACUGCAGCUUGGCCAAUGAUUGCCGAGCGCGGCCGGAGAGCCGAGUGCAGCCGAGUGCAGCCGAGUGCAGCCCGAGAGCCGGCGGGAGCCCCGGGUGGCCGCGCGCAGCCGAGUUUCCCCUCAAAGCCGAUCGUCCCCGACUUUCGCCGAACCGAGCCCGCUUCAGCCCAGGAGCCGAAACGAGACCGGUUCAGACCAAAAGCCGAAAUGAAACGACUUCACGCCGAGAGCCGACCCAGGUGGGAGCCGCGAGCACCAUGAGGGGCCGGCCGGCUCCUGCCGGGCAGGGCGCAGUGGCCGGGGCUCUCCCGGCGCGGCGCCGCCCCUGCGCGCCCGAGGAGCCGCCGGAGGAGCCGCCGGAGGAGCCGCUUUCCUGCCGGGAGCCGCGCUCCGUCCGGCGCCGGGAGCGCGGGGAGCGAUAUUGGAAAGCUGUUUCUGUACUCCUGACUUCCCGUCACGCCAGGGACACGUGGCUUGGAGCACAGCAGCCGGAUUCCUCACUUAGCCGUGUCAGCUUGGUGCAGGUUACGAAUUACAGGGUGACUUGGAAACCCAGAAACAAAGGGAAGAAGCUGGAUGGGGAAGAAAGGCUGCAGAGCUUCCUGCAACGGGCUGCGAGCGCAAAGAGCGAGGAGGCAGCGGAAGACCGGACUCAGGAAUCGGAACGGUUUUCUUGGGUUUAAGAAGCUCGAAUGGCGCUUCAAGACAUUUAUAUCAGACCUGGUUUAAUUUCAUUACCCUUUUUUUUUACAUCCACAAAAAAACCCCAGCCCUCCCCCCCCCCCCCCUCCAGGAUCCAUCGCUGCUGCUGCCGUGCGUGACGAGAAGCCGUCUUCCCUCUGCCCGGAGCAGCUGAGAGAUGGAGCAGCACCCCAAAGGACUUUCUGCUCAGUGAUUAUAGCUGAGUUUUAGUGGGAAUUCUCUGAGCAAUCUGGUGGAUUGUGCUUGAACGUGGCCGUGAGGGUAGCUGAGCACGGCAGUCCGGAUCUGCGAGCCGCGGUGCCGGAGCUCUUUGAAAGGUCGUGGGGGAUGCAUUCAUUCCAUUGAAUCCCGGCCCUGUGCUGUGCCCAGGCCCUUUGUACAAAGAGUGUACGGGGAGAAACCAGAACUGCACGUUGCUUGCGAUACGUAUGGAGUUUUGAAAGCUUUAGUUCUAGCUAAUAAAAGAAGUUAGUUUGAAAAAAAGCCAAA